GUCGUUUCGUUUUCGUUAGCAUAUUGGGACAUGGAAUGAGGAUUUGGAGAAAUAUUAUUUAUCCCUGCUUACAACUAGUAAAUUCCCCUUUGGGGAUUAAUUAUUAGAUUGGAUUUGUUAAUAAUUAUGUUUAGUUUAAUGUUUGGGCCAGCACUAAGGACUAGAAGGACAGUGCCGAAGUGUGAGUGAAGAGUGUUUGCGGGAUGAUUGUUAUCAAAUCUAUGUGAAUUCUACACAAAUCAUGUGAAUUAUUGUAAACACUGUCUAAUUAUAGCCAAAGGCGUUAUGACCCGCGUUUGUGUGUGUGUGUCCAGUGAAUAAACUACGUUAUUUAAAAAUGAAUGAGAAGAAAACGGAGAAAACCUUCAAGAGCUACAUCAAUGUAUCUCCACCAAAGAACAAUGGGGACAGAAAUGGAUCAGUUCAAGAAGUGAAACCCAAACUGCUAAAUGGUGAGCUGAUAGUGGGCGCGGCGCACAGCGUGGUGCUGCUGACGCCGCUCAGCGACCGCGACCACGGCCGCUUCGGCUCUCUGUUCGUCACCAACUACAAGCUCGCGUUCGUGCCGCUCGAGAAGUCAGUCGACGAUGAAUGCAGCCAACGCAACCACCUCCUCGGUCCAUACGAAGCGGCGCUCACAAGCGUCGGCGCCGUGUGGCUCACGGACGGCGGGCCGGUGCGGAGGCGCCGGCUGCUGCCCAAGGGAGACAUGCCGGGGAAGGUUAAAGGACUACAAGUCAUAUGCAAGAACAUGAAAGUCCUAACAUUCAGUUUCGCCAACUCGCCAAUCGGCCACGGCCGCAAAGUCGCCAUGGCGCUCGUCCACCACGCCUUCCCAAAACGGCACGAUCUGCUCUUCGCCUUCGAGUACAAGGAACCUUACUACCCCGCCCUACCCUCGGACCUAAAUAUGUUCAUACGAACGGCGGAUUGGAAGAGGGAACUAGAAAGAUGUGAUUGCCCUCAUUGGAGGAUUACUAGUAUCAACGGGACGUCUGAUGCCUUCAUGCUGACGGCGGGCGAGACGCUGAUAGUGCCCAGUUCUGUGCUGGACUACAAUCUCAUGGAGAGCGCGAGGCAUUUCAGAUCAGGUCGGGUGCCGGUGUGGGUGUGGGGCAGAAGCGCCGGGGCCGCGCUGCUGAGAAGCGCGGAACUGCUGCCGACGGAACAAGCCGCCACCGCAGAGAGCGUGCUGCUCGAACAGGUCCGACGCUCCCACCCCAAGCUGACCCCGCCGCACGUGAUCUACCUAUGCGGGAACAGCUUCCAACAGCCGAGCAACGCCGCGGGCCCCAAUAAUGCCAUAACUCCCCUGCCUACGUUAGGGGCACUUCAGGCCUCGUACAAGAAGCUAGUCGAGUUGUGUACGCCAACCACGUUAGGAGGAUUCUGGGUACAAGAUUCUCAAUACUACUCGCUCAUGGAGGCAAGCCGGUGGUUGCGUCACGUCGGCAGCUGCGUGGCGUUCGCGGACUCGGCGGCCAAGCACCUCGCCGACAACGUCACCGUCGUACUACAGGAGGGUGAUGGCGUCGACUAUUGCGCAGUGGUGUCGUGCCUAACGCAACUGCUACUCGAUCCACAGUUCAGGACUAUAUCGGGCUUCCAGUCACUCAUACAGAAGGAGUGGGUCGCGCUAGGACACCCGUUCUGCGACAGGUUCGGCCUGCCGCGGCCCGGGAACCCCAAAGACUCCAAAGACACCUCCGCCGCGCAGACAGCGCCGGUGUUCCUCCUCCUCCUGGACUGCACGUGGCAGCUGCUGCAGCAGUUCCCCGACAAGUUCCAGUUCUCGGAGACCUACCUCACCACGCUGUGGGACUGCGCGCACAACCACCUCUUCGACACGUUCCUGUUCAACUGCCCGAGGGACCGCGAGCUCGCUGUUGCCAAGAAUUUCGUCCAAAGGCCAGUUUGGGAUUGGGGCGAGCAGUUCUCAGAAAAAGACAAGGCAUUGUUCUACAAUCCUCUCUACAUUUCGGAUAAAUCAGCAGUGAUGACACCAAAACAAAGGAUAUCAACCUCAUCAAUGCCCGGCAAGCCGGCAGCUCGGCAGCUGCAGCGGCUAGAGCCCUGCACGUCCGUGGCCGGCAUGGAGCUCUGGUCGCAGUGCUACGAGCGCUGGCUCCUUCCACUAGACGCGCCGUACGCCGGCCCCGUGCAGUACCACGUGUUCAACUGUUCUGUUCUCGGCCAGAUACAACGACUAAACGAGAAGCUGUCUUCCCUGUCGAUAAUGAGCAACCGGCAGUCCAACGGCGACUGCGACGAGCCGACACGUCCCGCGGCCGUCUCACGUUUCUUCCCCUUCAGCGUGGCGCGCGGCAAUUCGCGUAGCACGCUCGACUGCAUGCAGGUGAGCCUCAUCGACGCCUCACAGCUCCUGGACUCCCAGUCUCUGCUGAACGCCCCGGACUAAUUCCCCAAAUUACCUGUAAGUUGCUACAAAAUGUGCUCUAUGUAUUAUGUAUACAUUUCCAUGAUUGCGGAAUAUAUAAGCGAAAGAUAGAGAAGGA